AUGAGAUUCCUAGGGUUAGGAGUUGUGUGGCGACGGCGAUUGCCCAGAGUACUGGAAUUGUCGGAGUCUUCCCCGGCAGUUCUUCUCUCUGGUUCUGUUGCUUUUAGAGCAUUGCCUCCGUCUUCGGCGUGGACGCCAAGCUUGGUCUGGGAUCUCCGCUCGUACUCAACAGGUAGAGGCGCCUAUGUUUUCGUUUUUGAGAAUCGGAGGCCUCCACAACGUGGACAUGGGCUGGUGCCUAGAGGGUGCAUCAAUUUUAACAGAAUAUGAAAUCGUGAUAAAAUUAGUUUUAUAACGGGGGAAGGACGUGGAUUUUUCUUUCCUUUUGAGUGGCAUUUUGGUUCUUCAUUGAGAUAGCUCUUCAUGUGAUUUUCUGAUGCUCCAUCGCAGGGACGGGGAUAGAUUUCAGAACUUUUGAUAAUGAAACUCUCAAGGAAUCUACAAAAUUAUUAACUCUAAAUACAAUCUUUUCUUUUACUGUUCUUAUAAAAUGUUUCCUCUAAAUACAAAAGUGUCUGAUCUGAUGUUUCUAUUUUGGACUGUUUAAGCUAAAUCCAUGGAUUUUCCUGGUAAUGCCUCCAUUUAUAUUUUUUCCGUAUUUCGACCUGUGAUUGCCAGAAACUCAACCUCAACUCACUACUGGGAUUAUAAAGAUAAUGGAGCAGAGAAUGGUGGCCAUUGAACAGCGGAGUGCAUAUCUUCAUGAACGGGUCAAUCAGGUAACAUAUGUUCUCAGUUAUCAUGUCAUACGCACUGAAUUUGGAAUCUCGUGACAUUUUCCCUAAUCCGUAGGAAUAUUUUUGGUAAAUUCAUUCUGCAUCCAUUUCAUGACAGAGUACUCUUAUAAUGUGAAAUUUAGAGAUAGAUAAUUUUUGGACAGUUAAAAAUUGAGGAAGAAAUGCAAGAAUGUCUCAUCCUUUAAGAACUUGGCAUUAGUGAACAUAAGAUUUACUCAGUUGUAUGUGUCAUAUUUUUAUGCUGUUUUCAGGAUAUGCACAUGUUCAUGUACCAGUAAUUAAACUCCAGGUUAGGAAUGGCCUGGUUAAUUCAAUACUCAUCUUUUGGCUUAGAUGGAGUUAGCCAAUAUCGAAACCGACCUUUCAAAUUAAAAAAUAAAAGGAAUUUCUAGAUUUAGUGUGUAUUUCUGUAUUUUUUAGUUUAUUUUCUCUCUAAAAGAAAACGUAGAAGAAAAUGAGAUGAAGAGGGUUUUGAAUGAAGUGCUGAUGUUGAGAAUAACGUCUAUGAAGCAUCAUGAGUAGAUGUAGCUCAUGUUCCUGGAACUAAUGUACGCAGUAUUUUGCUCUUCGAUUGUGCGUUUUGAUACUGACAACUAAUGACAUAUUAUUCUUCUGAUGCGUUUACUAUUUCACUUCCUUUGGGUUGAGUAGUUAAUGUUUCCCUUUGGUUUAAACUUGAUAUUAUGUGAAGACAGCCGGAGGCUACAACUGCUGAGUAUUCGACAGCAAAUAAAGAGCUUCAACAGCUUGAGGACACUAUGGAACUUAUAAGGGAUUUGAGGGCUAAACAAAAGGUGAUGCGAAUUUUUCUUCACACCAGGAGGAUGUAUCAACAUAAUUUUUUGUGUCUCUAAUCCUUUCUCCUUCAGUAGCUGUACAUCAUCCCCAUAGAAGAACAGAGUCGUUCUUAUUAUUUUGGGAAUGAUUCGAUGCCAUUAAAAUGUGCAGGAUGCAUACUCCAAGAAUAUAUAUAUAUAUAUAUAUAUAUAUAUAUAUGUUUAAACUAGACAGUUAAGAUUGAAGGAUUUUUCAAUCGUUUAUAUAUAUAUAUAUAUAUAUAUAUGUUUAAACUAGACAGUUAAGAUUGAAGGAUUUUUCAAUCUUUUUUCCCGAUCUUAAAUUUUUAUAUGUUCUGUUAUCUCAAAAACAUUGUUUCCAAUUAUCUCGCACUAGCUACAGAACAUCAAUUCGACUAGUUACGAAUUAAUAUUAUUUUUAAGUUUCAGCUGUCUUCUGAAAUUCAUUGCCCUGUGUUGUGUUGUACUUCUUUUGGAUAUGUUGUGCCACUCCAUUUGGGUCAAAUUUAUUUCACUGGUUCGUGAGAUUUCCCUCUGUCAUUCAUUGAGUUUCUUAUAUUUUUUCUGUCACUGAAUAAAAUGCCUCAUUGUGGAUGUGCUGUGCCACUCCAUUCAGUGGUGGAUUGCAUUUAUCUUUCUGGAUGGUGAGAUCUAUCUAACAUCCAUUGAGUUUGACAAGAUUUUCUGAAAAUACUGGCCGAAUAGUAAACUGUGAUGGGUACAGUGGUGAUAAACCAAAUUGGUUUCAAAAUGGAGGUAGAUUUUACAUGUUGUAUCACAACGCCAACAUUCAUGUUGGUGAAAAUUAUUUUCAACUAUCCGAUUAUGUUAGUGUCUCGCCAAGUGUAGACUGGUUUAUGAAGUUUUUAAUGAAUUUGUACUCCAGUUCGCAUGUCAGCGUGAAUGUCUUGCACAACUGGUUGACAGCUCCACGGUUUUCCUUUGUUAAUAAUUUAUUAUUCACUUCUGAGUUAUGUGUUUUCUCUUUUGUUGUCUUCAUUGCGUGUAUCUGUUUCUCAGAUCGUUCCUUCCAUAUUCAGGCAACUUAGGAAAAAUUAAAACGAUUGUCUAGAUUUAUGGUGCUUUAAUAUGCAUGAUGAAUAAAUAAUAGCACCCAUAUUUCAUGUGCUAAAUUUUGAAGACAGUACUUUGAUUCGUAGGAAAUUGAUGGCCUAAAAUCGUUGUUGGUUGAAUGUCCUGAAGAUAAAGAUAUGCAGCAUAUGGCCACUGAGGAGAUGUCUGCAGCUAGAGAGGAGGAGAAGAGACUGCAGCUUCUUCUGCUAAAGUCGUUGCUUCCAAAAGAUGAUGCUGACGAAAAAGACUGUAUUUUGGAAGUGAGAGCAGGUAGUGCAUAUGAAUCUAUCGGUUCACCGUUGAACGUCAUCUGAAUGUAUUUAUAAUAUGGUUGGGAAUAUCUUACAGGAACUGGAGGAGAAGAGGCAUCUCUGUUCGCUAUGGAUAUAUUCAAAAUGUAUGCUUGUAAUUGUUAUCACUUGCACAUUCCCUCCUCUCCUUGUGAAUAUUUGCUUCCAACAGAGUCUGUUUAUGAUGCAUCAGGUAUGAGAAAUUCUCACAGAAAAAGGGAUGGCAGUUUGAUGUUGUUGAGAUAAUGGUGUCUGAUUUGAAAGGUUACAAGGUACGCAUAUUUUGAAUUUAAUCAGUAUCCUCUGGUAAAUUAAUCCUGUAGCAUAUCAUUUGCAAAUGGACGGAUAACUAAUUUAGAUGCUGAGCACACCCCAAAUUAGAUUCCAAAACAGAGAUCUAAACUGGUAGAUUUGUUGAGUGUCCUGAUUCAAAUGUAUAUGUCAUUGCUAAACGAAUGGGAUAGAAAGCGAUAGUAUUAUUUUCAUUUGUUUUCUUGGAGUGGUAUUCCACCUUCAUGGCAUUUGUAUAUCACUCAAUCCUCGUUUUAUCAAUCAUUCCCUCCAGCCAUAUUAUACCAUGGUACUUUAUGACCCUCAUUGAUAAUAUCUGACUUGUGAGUUGAAUAGACCGCUGUUACAUUAAUGGAGAAUGUAUGCAAGGAAAGCAAGCAUUGUGCCUAGUAUCCCAAGGUUCAAGGUCCAUACAAACAGAGAACAAGUUCUACUGCUGAAUCAUAAUCUUAAAUGUCACUAUGUACUUUAAAUAAAAAAUGCUGAGCCUGUUAUAUUGGUGAGUUUUUCAUAUCAUAAUAGAAUUUGUAAUAUACGUUUUCUUACUGAAUAAAAAUGGUUUAGUAAAUUUCUUGCCUCUUAUAUGUCUUGCGUUGUGAAACAAUUUCUAACUUAGGAGUGUAUACUUGCUAAUUGAAACCUACCAUAGGCUACAUGGGUAUAAUAUUUUUUGGAUAACACAGUUAUAAAAGCCUUUUCUUAUCUGAUAUGCUUCCUAAAUUCGUCUUCAGGAUCUGCUUUCCCGAACUGUGGUUUUUCUUCAAUUUUGUUCGUUUGUGUCACAUUGAAUUUCUCGUUUCCUUGAAAUAAAUAAAGUGCAAUUUUGUGCGUUUGCAUUUUAUAGGAGGCCAGUGCAGCAAUUUCAGGGCCUGGUGCGUACGGCCUGCUUAAAUUUGAAAGUGGUGUUCACAGAGUUCAGGUAUAAGAAAAUAUACCAUCAUGAGUUUUGACCAUAUGCGCUGGAAUCUAUGUUUUACGCGGUUCAAAUUGAAAUGUGGAUGUUCAUAAGUCAAAUUUUCUUGUUUCAGCGUGUUCCAGUGACAGAGAAGUCUGGACGUAUUCACACUAGUGCAGUUUCUGUUGCCAUACUCCCACAAGCUAGUGCGGUAAACUUGAUGCUUAACUACUAUUUCAACUGUCACAAUUUUUUCAAAUGUCUAGUUUCCUAUGUGUUCUUUUGGACUGACCAUGCAGCUAUUGUAUAUACUUGUUGGUUCAUCUUUUUACUAAUGUCUGCUAUGGGCCAGACUAAGUUGGAAGCCUAAGCUAGCUGUUAUCUUCCAGUGUGGGUCUAUAGAAAAAGGUCCAGAACAAAAAAUGAGACCAUCCCAUUCCAGUGAUUAUCAUGGCACGGUCCAAACUCACUGUUGUUUAGCCCUGAAGCUUGAUGGCGUAAAGGACGUGUAAUAAACUUUCCCUCCAGAAGUAGAUCCUGAAUUUCGUUUUCAUUGGAUUAGGAGUCGUAUUUAUCCUCUGUAACUCUAGCGUGAUUUAUCACAAUUUAUCUAUCUAUUUUUAGUCCUAUGGGAUUUUAUGAAUGAUUUUUUUUUGUUGGGCCUACUUGACACACUAUACAUCUAACAGGGAAAGGAAUAAUUCAUAGAUGACCAUCCGAUGUCCUGUAACACUGACCUAGUACUUCAUCAUCUACUAGGAAGUACGGAAAACCCUAUCCCCCCUUGGUUCCAUCAACUCUUGGUGCAUGUUCUUUCUAUUCCUAUUUAGUUACGAUGCAUAAUAGAGGGGUAGCCCCUUUGGUGUUGUUCUCCAUCUGCUAGUCCCUUAAACGUCUGAAAGAAGCUCAGGGCAUACUGUAGUGAAUCUUAGAUCCAUCCUGUAUUGCGUGAUUCCUGUUUGGCAUUCUUAAGAAGUCUUAGCCACUGGAGAUGUGUGGAAUUUCUUCUUACUUCAGGUAAAUACAGUCUACGUGCUUCCUCUGUGUUGUUUUAUUUGCUGUAAAAAGCCUACUACCACAGUUGCUGUGGCAGAAAAACUGGUCUCAGAAGUCCCAUGCACUGAAAGUUGAGGAAUUGAUAUUAACAUCUCAUGAAAAACGGUCAUGUCGGUUAUUCUAACCAAAAUAUGCCAGCUCUCGGACGGCCCAUUGUUGCCUAGGCACAAUCACAAUCUCAAGUACGUGGAAGUGAUACAGGUUUUAUUUUUUGGAUUUUUUUUUAUUAGAUUAGUUUGGAAGAAUAAUAAGUUGCUGACAAAAACAAAGUUUUUUAAUAUAAAUCAGUCGAGGAGACUUCCAUUUGUGAUGGAAUUUCGAUUUUUAUGCCAAAUAUUAGGAACACACAUGUUUUUCCGCGUGGAAAGAUGGGCCAUGACAAGCACAUGUUUUAUUCUCUCCUUGACGUUCGCUUUGUGCUGCUCAGUGUGCUCAGAUGGUUCUGCUUCACGCUCAGUGAAGCUAGUACAGUGUGGAAGAUUGGAUUCCAAUCUGUUCAAAGUUCUGUUGGUGAUUAUACAGGAGUUAAAAAACUUAAUGUUAAAGAAGCACUUCCAAAUGUUCUAGGCGAUUCGGAGGGCGAGGAACAAUUAGAAUAUUUUAACAAGAGCUUAAACCUCUGCAAGUGAUUGUUAACCGAGCUAUGGGGAGCAAUGGGCUAGAGAAAUGGACAUUGAUGACGAUAGAUACCCUACACAGUCUUGGCUAAAAUUCAGUCGAGGAAGAAUGUGUGUCGAUUUUCCUCCUGGGUAGUCAAAGGCGUUACUUUUUUGUUUUCUGGUUCUCGAAUUGUUAUCGUUCCCUGAUGUACCGUGCUCCUUUGAUCUUUAAUAGCAAACUAUUCACCCUAAAUAAAAUAUUAUCCUUUUCCUUGAUGCUCACUUUCCCUGUGUGGUGGGUAGUAGUUGCGGUCAUUUGGUAGGAAAUGCCCAUCCUAAACUGUCUUUCUUGGUAUGUUCCUAGAGUGAGAAAAUGUGAUUGCUUCUCAUUCGAGGUCUCUGCAGGUAGAUGUUCAAGUACGCAAUGAAGAUUUAAAGAUUGAUACUUACAGAUCGGGUGGCUCUGGAGGCCAACAUGCUAACACCACCAACAGUGCUGUUAGAAUAACGCAUUUACCCUCGGGAUUGACCGUAUCGAUACAAGAUGAAAGGUCUCAACACAUGGUAAACAAUUCUCUUCAUACCCCAGACAACGAUUAAAUUCUUUGAUUCAUUGAGCAUGUUGGUACGAUGAAAAAAGGCUUGAGGUUGCUAUUUUGAGUUCCCCUUCUUGAUUCAUCUUCUGCUUUCCUUUUGCAUUCUCGCAUUGUUCCAUUGUUCAUCAAUUCGUUCACCCCAAGAACCCAAGUGGGACAUCGCAGGCAUUCCAUUUGUGGUCGGUCUGGAGUGAGCGAGCGGACUCUGUUCCUCGAUGUUUUCUGGGCUGGUCAGGAAUGCUUGCCUGCAUUCGUUCAUCACGCAGAGAGAAGCCAGAGCCCUUGUAGAGACUACAACACAUUGCCCGUUUCGGGCAGAAAAUAGCUGCUAUUUUUCAUUAAUUCCUUCUGGUUUCUGCAACUCCUCUACAGAACAAGUCCAAGGCCCUGAAGGUCCUGUAUGCCAGAUUAUACGAGCUGGAGAGGUCUCGACAGCACGCCUCCCGCUCCAAGCUUCGUGCCCAGCAGGUGAAAUUUCUACCAAUACCCAAGAAUUUUCCUGCAUAUUAACCACAUAUCUUCUUUUUUUUGCUGUCGCAUUCGCCGUUCUUUCACCAUUUUUACAUGUGUGAUUGAUGAUUAUGGUGUGUUCUUGGCGAACUCGUGGUGUACUUCCAUGCAGAUUGGGUCCGGCGACAGGUCUGAGAGGAUCCGCACGUACAAUUUCCCGCAGGGGCGAGUGACCGACCAUCGUGUCGGCAUCACCGUCCACUCCAUUGCAGAGGUCCUGGAGGGGGAGAGCCUCGAGGCCUUGAUCAAUGCCCUGCUCUUGCAGGAGGAGAUGGACGCCAUUGCAUCGUUCACCUCCGGCUCCUCCCUCUAG